AUUAUCUCGUCGCGCUCGCAUCGCGACUCCUCCUGUGUGAUUUUAAGUAGACCACAUCAUUGUAGCAGUACCAGUGUAGUAAGUCACAGUUCUUGUUCAGUAGAAGUUUUAGAAGGUGCGCAGAUGGUUUCCUCCAUUGACGUUGGAGAGGAACGCAGUUUUCGCAAUAAGAGGCACUAUAUCUCUUUCAUGAAGUACAAGUAGCAGAAUCACGUCGUAUUUUGAAGCACUGAUUUUUCGUAUAAUAUCUUUUUCAAGAGGAUAAAAAUGCCUCCUCGUUCUCGUCGUUCAGGGCCAGGCUCGGCAAAAAUGAAUUCCGGAACUGCAGCUGGUGCUCCUACGAGCACUGCCAAGGCCGACAGUGCUGUCGUGGCUCCUGGACCACCAAAAAACGCCAAAAAUACCGGACCAACAGACAAGAAUACUUCAGCUGCCGCCCUACAAAGCGGACCAGCACAGGCACAGGCCGGGACGACUAGCGCUACAACGACCACCAUCAACGCGCCUCGGAAAAAACUUUCCGCGCUGGAGCGUAUGCGAGCAGAAAUUUUAGGGAUCCCAGAAGAGAAAACGCCGAAGAAGUUGUUAGUAUCUGAACCUACAACAGGGUCGGAUGAAGCUGGUGGAGGAAGUACUAAACCCUCAGUGGCAAAAAACUUCUCGCCGCCAUCGGGUACUACUACGUCAGAAGCUGGAUCGUACGUACACGUAAAUAGCCAUGAUGCUUCUACAGCGACGGCGGGCGCUGGCGCGUCGGCGCGGGAAGUAGACGAUGAAUCGUCGUCGUCGUCGUCGCAAUACAACAAGAACAUUCGGCGCAGCACAAGUGACACGACUAGCGCCUCUAACUCGACUUGCGCUAACGAGCAGCGCCAGGAAUGCUCCACAGGGACCUCGUCCGCGGAUGAUGGAGCAGAGCUUAAUAUUGAAAAUGAAAACGGACAAAAGAAGCAGAAUCCCUGCUCUGGUGCAACAUCGGAUACUAGGGAUCGUAGCCGCCCGGAAGGAAUAGAAACGAACACGAAGGUCGAGGAAUCCAGCCCUGAAAAAAAUGACGAUCCACAUUUGGUGCUCGUCGACGAGAUUGACAUCGAUUUCGCAGCGGAAGAAGCGAAUUUUCAGAUUCACAACAAAAAUCUGAAGAAGUCCAGCUCUUCGACGAGCACGCUGUUUGAACUCGACAACAGCACAAGUGGAGGAGGCUCUUUUAUCAACCACGAGGAUGACGCCGAGAAUUACUACUACCCUGCUGGUGCAAGUGGCUAUGGUGAGCAUCAGGGAAAGUCAAAGUGUGGGAGCGAAACUACAAGUCCGGGGCAGACACAGAACGCGGCGAACAACAUUCGUCAUCUUUACUGCGACAACGUAAUUGGCCAAGAACACCAAGACAACAUCGAAUCAGAUCGGGACAGGUACACGAGAACGUCGUACGACUUUGAUGGCCCGCAUGCUGGCUCUUCUUCUUCCGCCAGCUCGGAAGGUUUUGGAGAUCAUCUCAACUUGGACAGCCGGUUUUCCAACGCUACUAAUUUCGAUCACGAAAGUAGUGGUUCUCUUUUUCCGGAAGAGAUCACGGAAGAGUGGCUCUUCGACGCUAUCACAGAGGGGACGUUUCGCAACAUCGUCAUUCUCACCGGGGCCGGGGUGUCGACCAGUGUGGGGAUUCCGGAUUUUCGCUCCAAGUCCUUCGGGCUGUUUGACAAGAUUAGUCAGAACCGAGACCUGACCGACCGGUUUCCGGAGCUUCAGGAGGCGCCAGAUUUGUUUUUCAACCGGCAGUUUGUCAACAAAUACGGGCCGAAAGUGUGGGAAAAGGACGUGCUAGCGUUGUUGAAGGAGAUGCACCUGUUUUCGAACUCAUCGUCAAGCAGUAGCUCAUCCAGUUCUUCGUCUUCUAGCUCGUCAUCCUCGGCCACCUCUUCCCCCACUACUUCCUCGCCAGACGACGCGACAAAUUUAACAUCUGUGGUUGCUGUCAAUAAACUUGUUGAAGAAGGGCCUAGUGCCACUUCGAAAAGUAAGAAAGGUACUGCGUCAACGAACAAGAAGCGGGAGGGCCCAAAGAACAAAACUAGCCAAAAGAUGAAAAAUCCACAAGAGAUGAACACGAGCUUCAGUUCUGCAACUUCCUGCGCAGGAGACGGUGAGGAGAGCAGGGUAGACAAGGCGAAAGAUGAUGGGGGCGAAAACCAAAACAGCUGCGUUAAUGACCCCGCUGCUCACGUCGUCGAGCAGCUGGACCUAGAAACGCCCCGUUCGAACUGCUCCUCCUCCUCCUCAGCUCCCGAUUUAGACACGACGCGACCGUCCUUGACCCACCUUUUCUGCGGCUGGCUGCAGCAGCACGGCUUUCUGCGGCGAGUCUACACCCAGAACAUUGACGGGCUGCACACCCAGGCCUUGAAGCACUUGUUCGAGGACGAACGGUUCGACGAAACCAUGGACAUCCUGCCGUUGCUGGAGACGAGGAUUCAAGAAGCCUUCGAAGCGCUGCAGGAGUCGCAGAAGGUAGAGGAUCAACAUGGGCAAUUGAACGACGAGGCGCGGCGGGAUGCAACUACAACAUCCACCACGCCCAACAUUCGGAAAUAUGCGAUGCAGUGCACGCCCAAAAAACUGCAGCCUCCUGCAAACCUGCUCGGAAAGAUUUGCAGUCUCUUUUCCGGAAAGCCGAGUACUUGCCAAGCAGAGUCCGCUACGGCUUCUGCAGCUUCCCCUGGCCGGGGGAAAAAAGACUUCCGCCAUCCGUAUCUUAUGGUAAAGAAUUUUGUUCCAAGUAUUUCUCGGUCGUGAUUUCAUCUGCCCAAUGCAUACUAAUUCUUGAAACGACAAACAGCAUCUGUACCCUCACGACCUUGAGCUCGGCCAAGACCCAAAAAUCGAUCUAAAACUACAUCACGACAGUCCCCAACUCCGAAGAAGCUACUCCUCCAGCAAUCCUCCUCCUCCCACCCUCCUGGCGACACGCCCCACGGGUCGGCGCGCAAGAAAAAGAAGAAACACUCAGUGCCGCUACUCCCCCCGAAUCGCAUUGUCGAGUGUCACGGGAGCCUGCGACACCCCCAGUCUCUGGUUUUGUACGGUGAUCCCCUGCCUCGCCGGUUGGACGACUGCUUGAUCGAAGACUUCGGCGGCGGUGCUAGCCCGAAAAGCAACCGAAGUAGUUUGCCCUCCGGGGGGAAACACGGACAUCACCAUGGGCAUCACGGAGGGAAUGGCAAUAAGCACCAUCAUCACGGUCAUCAUGGACAACAUGGGCACCAGCAGCACCCGAACCACCCGAAACCGAAAAAACUUUUCCAGGACCACAGUCCACCGCCCUCCUUUUCUACCGUCGCAGCGCGCAGUGGUGCUGGGCAAAAUUUAAAUUCUUCUUCCGCACUACAGCAACGGGGCCGCGUUUUUUCCUCCGCGAGUAGCAAUUUUUCGAACUAUGGAGCAGCCGGAGGCGCAAGCACAAGUAGUUUCUCGAUCUCGCCCGGAGCAAAUGCAAAUAUAAAUAGCGACAUAACCCCCGACUUUCGACACUACACCCACCUAGAGCCCUCAUCCCCGGACUCGUCCUCCACAGCGGCCAGUCCGCGGGUCCCCGGGUCUUCCCAGCACCAAGGGGAACUGGCGGAUUUGUUAUUUGUAUUCGGGACGAGCUUGCAGGUGAGCCCUUUCUGCGCCAUCCCGAAUAUGUGCGCGAAAAAUUGCCUUCGCGUGCUCGUGAAUUCUCCAAUGAAGGACUGUCUUUCGAACGGCUGGAGCAAAAAGAAACACAGCUGUAAAGAAGACGGAGUGGACAAAGAAGAAGUAGAUGGGACUGCAGCUGGUGGUGGAACGACCAGCGCAACUGCAGUUGCUGUCAAACCUAGUAGUACGACUUCAGCCGUAGAAGCAACCGCAGCCUCUGACGACGACGAUUUUCUCUUCGCAAGCAGCAAAAGAAAGAAGAAACGCAACAAAAAGAAGCAAGCUAGUACGCAGGCUUUUGAGGCCGGCGCAACUUCAUCUAUUGACAAGAGGAGUACAACUACAACCCAGACUACUAGUAAGGCAAAUAAGAGCGACGAAAGCCCCAAGAAAAAGCCGGGAGUUGGGGAAGAUGCUACCACGCCUGCUCCUGCCACCGGCUACCUAUCGGAAAAGUAUACGUCACUGCUUGCUACCUGUUCAUUUGUAAUACUCAUGCAUCCGACCUGUUUGUGUUAUUUUUCAUCCAAUCCUGACAGCGCGAAUCUUCCAUGAGUCACGAUUUCCUCAACCCAAUUUUGACUUCUUGAUUGCCGCCAUCACAUCAGCAUCACUUCGACUUUCCUUGCCGGACGGAGUGUGACUUUGAGGCCACUGUGGACAGAUCACAAGCGUUUCCCACACCAACUGGUCGUUGACGACCGAUGCGAUGCCUUCGUGACCAGAUUCUUCCAGCGCAUUGACGUUUUGUAGUCAAUAAUCGCCUGGACUACAUCGACAACAAGACCUGGAGGCUUUUCCUUUUCCGCUGAGCCUGUGUCUAUCAAAAGAAUAGACACUGUCCUCUAUCUUCAAUUGUUGCUAUAUGCAAAUUCUGCGAGUGGUUUACAAAAAAACGAAAAAAAUCCCGUCACGACGGUCACUUACAAAGAGUAUAAAACGAUUGAUGUAAAGUAACGAUGUGAUACCGGUAUGGUCGUAGACCGAUGAAGGUUGAUCAAGUCGCCCAGUCCGCAUGGAGCAUGAUUUUCCAAGAAAAAAGUAAAUUUCGUUUUCGAUUUCGUUCC